CAUAGUAACUCAAACUAUGGCUACCAGAGGCUACGGAGGUUUUUAGCCAACUUUUUAAGCUUUGGGAAAUUUUUAAGAUUUCAGUCUAAUAUUGACUACGAUGUCUGACGUGGAUGAUGAUCUGUACGAGGAUGAAGAGGGAUCGGAGCCUCUUAAAGAGCGUGAAGAAAUCGAUAAGAUUCAAGUGUCCCCGUUGACCAAAGACACUAUCAGUGAGGGACUUUCAUUACUCUGCCGGACAGGAACAAAACUAGAACACGCUUUUGUCAAACUGGAUCUUAAAGACAAAGGGCUGGCUGACAUAGCUGCAAUCAGCAGUUAUAUUCACAUACGUUUUCUGGACUUAUCCAACAACCACAUCAUUGAUCUUUCUCCUUUGGCAACUCUAAAUCAUUUGCUAUGGCUAAAGGUUGACAGAAAUGCUGUGGUGUCAUUUAAAGGCCAACCUUUUGCUGAGCUCACCUUUUUGCAAUGGCUGAGUGUGGCAGUAAACCGGCUAACUGACCUAGAUGGCCUGGUUAGCCCGGCCUUAGAGACCCUCAUACUUACAGGCAAUGGCAUUCAGAAAAUAAAUGGUUUGCAGAGUGACUAUUUUGCCAACUUGGUUGCUCUAGAGCUGAGGGGAAACCAGUUGGAUACCACAGAUGGCAUUUAUCUUCCAAACCUGCGGCGAUUAUAUUUGGCGCAAAACUUGAUCAAACAUCUUGAGGGUCUAGAGAAGUUAGAGCGCCUCACAACCCUACAUCUCCGGGACAAUAAUCUUGAAACUCUGGAUGGCCUCAGUCCCAAUAUGAAGAGUCUUCAGUACCUCAAUGUCAGGGGAAAUGCAAUCACUGAUGAAAAAGCCUUACAAAGCCUUGCCCUUGUGUCAAAAACACUCAGAGUUUUGGUGAUUUCUGAAAACCCAUUGGAAGAAACAGACUAUCGGCCAAGUGUACUAAUACUCCUGCCUCAGCUGGAGCGAAUUGACAAAGACGCAGUAACUCUUGAGGAGAGAACAGAAGCUCUGAGGACACUCGGGGAACUUAAAGAAGAGGAAAUACCUGAACCAUAAGAUUUCAAAAGAUGAGUGAAAUGGGGAAGUGCAGGCUAUUUGAAGAGGAAAGCCUUUUGUGUAUAAGUCAGCAACAUUGAUUACAAAUUUGUUUGUAAAGCAUAUCUCUUGCAUGAUUAAUUAUCUAGGUUUGCUUUGUCACAUUUGGAACUAUAACAAAUUGUUAAACGAAUACUUUUUUAUUAUUUCCUAGAAAUGUGAACUUGCUGAAUAACAGUUGACAUUAAAGAAAAAUGUGCUUUCGGCUGUGAA